CACACACAGGUGAGAAGAUGUUGUGCAUUGGCUCGUCGUACGUCCCCGUGGCCGCGGUGGUUGACUAUGAGUUGACACUGACAUGUCCGUACCGACUGACAGCUGACACGGCCAUUGACGCGUUGACACAUGCCAUCGAGGCGUAUGUGAGCAGGAAACACAGUGUGCUGUCGGAUAGAUACGCACUGAACUCGAUGAAGACUGUUAACAAAUACAUCCGAGAAGCGUGCAACAAUCCUAGCAGUACAACGGCACGUGAGCAGCUGAUGAUAGCUGCUACAGAGGGAGGGAUGGCCUUCUCUAUCUCGUCCGUUGCCAUGGUCCAUGGCAUGAGCCGACCUCUAGGCGCCGUAUUCCAUGUACCACAUGGUCUCAGCAAUGCGAUGCUGCUGCCAGACGUCACCCGCUUUGGCAUAGAGACCAAUCCUGAGCGGUACGCGCAGUGUGCUGCCGCUAUGGGCUUUGCCUCAGACAGCGCAUCAGUUGACAACGCAGCCGCUGCCCUACUGGAAGGUUUAGAGCAGAUGUGCCAUGACCUUAAGGUUCCGUCGCUGAGCCAGUUCGGUGUGAAAGAGUCUCAAUACCGUGCUGCGAUUGACCGGAUGGUCAGCGAGGCGCAAGCUUCGGGAUCGCCUGGGAACAACCCGCGCGUACCCACUGACGCGGAGAUGGCACGUGUCUACAACGUCGUCUAUAGAUAGCUUUGUCUUGAAUUUGUUAAGCCUUUUAGCUUUGCUGUAUAAUGAGCGAAAUAAAUGAACAGCUUCAUCAAUAGGGGUUGCGUGGUGAUUUAUUG